UGAACGCAAACUAGUCUCCCAGUUUGGAAGCUAACAUAAGCAAACUGUACACAUGCUCCUUUAUGACUCUGUAGAUCAUGUGUCCAAACCGUCGGUGUGGCAAAAAACAAGUCUUUGCAAUGAUAAUUCAAUUAAAAAUAUCUUAGAGCUUCCUCAGAUACUACUGAUCUAAAAGGGUAUUAAAACCUUCGACCCGUUAUGCUGGUUUUUACUUCUUGUUGGUUUGUGUGUCAGUCGGCUGAUAAUCCCCUCAGCGGUGGCUCAGCGAGUUUUUUGGGAGCAGUGGGUGGCUAUCAGUUAGCCAAGAGCCCAUCCAUAGCAUAUAUAAGGCUUUAACAUUAAAAGAAUCCAAAGAAAAGUUUAGUUUAGAACAGCCAUGUUGAGUCUUCGAGUGUUUCUCUUGCUGCAGUGCAGCCUUUUGGUCUUUGGGGGCGUGUGCCUUAUACCCCAGCCUAUUAUGCGACAGCGUUCCCUGAAGGAUACGCUUCUGAAGACCCAGCCACGUCUAGAUGGCCGCAUUGUGGGUGGCCAUCGCAUCAAUAUCACCGAUGCGCCACAUCAGGUGUCGCUACAGACUUCCAGUCACAUUUGUGGAGGAUCCUUGAUAUCCGAGGAGUGGAUUCUGACCGCUGCCCAUUGCACAUAUGGCAAGACUGCCGAUCGUUUAAAUAUUCGCUUGGGCACCUCAGAGUUUGCUCGCAGCGGAGAGCUACUCCGUGUCAAGCAGAUCGUCCAGCAUGCCCAAUUCAACUUUUCGAACGUAGACUACGACUUCUCGUUGCUGCAGCUCCAACAUCCCAUUAAAUUCGAUGAGACCAAGAAGGCCAUCAAGCUCCCGGAGCCCCAACAGCAGCUCAUGGAUGGGGAGACCUGCUUUGUGAGUGGCUGGGGGAAUACCCAGAACCUCCUGGAGUCCCGCGAGUGGCUGCGGCAGGUGGAGGUGCCGCUGGUCAACCAGAAGGUGUGCAGCGAAAAGUACCAGCAGUAUGGCGGCGUGACCGAGCGUAUGAUCUGUGCCGGGUUCAUGGAGGGUGGCAAGGAUGCCUGCCAGGGUGACUCCGGCGGCCCAAUGGUCAGUGAAUCUGGCGUUUUGGUGGGAAUUGUCAGCUGGGGCUAUGGCUGUGCCAAACCCGACUAUCCAGGCGUUUACUCCCGGGUGGCAUUUGCCCGCGAUUGGGUGAAGGAGCACAGCGGCAUCUAGCAUGAAAAGUUCUUCAAUAAACCGCAUUAAAAAUCGACUAAAA